UUGUAUAAGAAGUAUUUCAGAUGAAAAAUGGGUAAAAAAGACAAAAAACGACGACACCGGAGUUCGUCGUCUGAAAGUGAAAGAAAGCACAAGUCGAAACGUCGUCGUUCAAGAUCAUGGAGUAGACACCGGAGCCGGAGUAGGAGUAGGAGCAAGUCGACGGAGAAAAAGAAAUCCUUUAAUUUUCUCAAACACAAAUCCAAACUAAAUAAAAUUUUCUUCCGUGCUGAAGAUUUGAUCAAGCAAGGAACACGGGAAUACGAUGAAUUCUGGAAAUAUUUGCAAAAAUAUCAAGAAUUUGAGAAGAAACGUAAACACGAGAAGAUUCGGAGACCUAAAGAUGAAUUUUCCGAGUUUCUCCAGAUCCCAAGUAUACAUAAGAAGGAAUAUAACUCUAGUUUCUCCAUGUUACCCCUGGACCCUGCAGAUCUACUUCUUCGGAUUAGUUUCCAGGAUGAAGAAGGAAGAAAUAUUCUAACCAAGGAGAUGGUUCUAGAGUUCAAACACAUUCUCCAAACCUUUCUGAGUUUCCUGCAGCGUGAAAAGUUUUCUAAACUUAAGAAACUUCGAGAAGGUCAGCGUAACCUUCCUAUAGCAGUUUACAGGGAGGAGAUUCUUACAACCCUAGAGCAAAACCAGGUUAUCAUAGUGGCUGGAGAUACAGGUUGCGGAAAAUCAACCCAGGUUCCACAGUUUCUUCUCCAGGCUGGAUAUACAAACAUAGCGUGUACGCAACCUCGGCGUAUAGCUUGCAUCUCCCUGGCAAACAGGGUUAGUCAUGAAACCUUGAACCAGUACGGACAAGAGAUAGGAUAUCAAAUCAGGUUCGAGAAACAGAAAACCCAGAAUACAAAAGUCGUCUUUCUUACAGAAGGUUUAUUGCUAAGACAGAUUUCCAGCGAUGCUAGCUUGAGCUCUUACAACGUGAUUGUUUUGGACGAGGUCCAUGAGAGACACCUUCACGGAGAUUUUCUCCUCGGAGUUAUCAAGUGUCUUCUCCAGCAUAGAGAGGAUCUUAGAUUGAUUCUGAUGUCGGCCACCAUCAACAUCCAGUUGUUUAAGGAUUACUUCCAGGGCGAGGCGCCAGUUAUACAGGUCCCUGGUCGACUGUAUCCUAUAGUUCUCGAGUACCAUCCUGUACCCUGUGUAGAGGACAGUGACAGAGUUAAUCCUGCUCCCUAUGUUCGGAUACUUCAGAUAAUAGAUAAGAAGUAUCCUGUCACAGAACGAGGAGAUCUUCUAAUUUUUCUCAGUGGUAUCACAGAAAUAACAAGGGUUGCGGAUGCAUGUCGUCAGUACGCGGAGAUUAACAAUAAAUGGAUUGUCCUACCCCUCCACAGCACCCUGAGCUUGGCAGAGCAGGAGAAGGUCUUCGACUAUCCUCCAGACGGGAUUAGGAAAGCCAUUAUUAGCACAAAUAUCGCUGAAACCUCGGUAACUAUCGACGGUGUAAGGUUUGUCUGUGACUCAGGGAAGGUUAAGGAGAUGACCUACGAUCCUGUGUGUAAAAUGCAGAGACUGAAAGAGUUCUGGGUGAGCAGAGCGAGUGCUGAGCAGAGGAAGGGUAGAGCAGGCAGAACUGGUCCAGGAGUCUGCUAUAGACUCUACGCAGAGUCAGAAUACUCAGAAUUUACUCCGUACUCUAAACCUGAAAUAGAACGUGUACCUCUCGACUCUCUAGUCCUCCAAAUGGUCUCAAUGGGGCUCCCUGACGCCCGGAAAUUUCCGUUUAUAGAACCUCCUCCUCCGGAAUCUCUGGAGAACAGUAUCCUUGUUCUCAAGGAGCAGGGAGCUAUGACUGAGGACGAACGUCUUACAACCAUGGGGAAAAUGUUGGCAAACCUUCCCGUUGAUGUUUCCAUCGGAAAAAUUCUGAUAAACGGAUCCUUGUUUCAUCAAGUGGAUUCAGUUCUCACCCUAGCCGCAGCGCUCUCUGUGCAGUCCCCCUUCACUAAUCAAGCUUAUAGGGACUCGGAUUGUAUGGCAUCGAGAAGGAACCUGGACAGUGAUCAUGGUGAUCCUCUUACACUUCUUAACGCAUUCAGAGAGUGGUUGAGGAUUAAAGUUGACGAACGAGAGAACAGCAGGAAAUGGUGUAAGAAGCGGGGUUUAGAAGAACAACGGUUCUACGAGAUGACUAAACUCAGGAGACAGUUUGAGGAUUUACUCCGGGAUUCCGGACUCCUGGAGCAGGUUAGGACGGGAGGAAAUCUCUCCAGUAGUGAGAGAAUGGCCAGACAUGGAGAGCUAAAACAGCUCAGAGAGGCAAAAAGAAAUCAUCAAAAAGAGGGACCCAGGAGAAAGAAAACCCUGAAGAUCGGAGAUGAGGACGCAGAGGAUGAAGAGGAAGGAGUUGAUAUGGGAGACGUAGAUUUCAGGUUGAAGAAUGAUGCCAGCAAGGUUCGAAAGCUGAUGGAGAGUAGUAAAGCAGUUUCUUACAAGGAUAUAACAAUGCUGAAAUUGAUCCUAACAUGUGGUCUAUACCCGCAGGUAACUAGUUUUACUGCAAAGCAUCCUCCUAGCGCUAAACAUCAGUUACUAGUUUACAUAUCUCUGCUGGAAACCAUGAAACCAUAUCUCACUGCUUCUAUCCGGGUUCCAGCUCUACCUGUUCUCCUCCUCUUCUCACAUUCAAUAGAGACGAAUGGAGACGUGUCAAGGAUCAUAUUUGACUCCUGGUUGGAGAUAACUUUCGCAGACCCGGAGACUGGACAAAACCAGCUCCUUGCAGCGGUUAAACUGCGGAGAAACUGGUUAGCUCUGCUCAAUCUCAAGCUGGAGGAUGCAGGAAGCACUAUCAAGAACGAUGAGAAGUCUAGAGCAGAACAACAAGAGUUAGAGUCAACCCUAUCCCGGGGCCUACUAGAGUUCAUUCACAACGAGAGUGUGUUCAGUGUGAAGCGUCUGCUCCCCGCGGAUAUCAAGGUUGCAUAUGUAGGCCGAGGGAUGGGUUGGUUUGAGGAUACUAAGAAUCCGUUUGAUCCUUCGGUUGAUCCUACCCGGCAUCCUGUCAAGGGUGGGAUGAAGAUGACUGAAAAUAUAACUUACAAUUGUCUGGCAGGGGAUUUCACUGGAGCAGAAAAGAUGACCUGGAUCUGUCCUUUCUGUCAGGCCCAGGGUGAAUAUCUGCCCCUGGAGCGAAUGUGCCACUACUCCGCCUGUAGCGGGGCGGAGGAGGUUGUCAAGUUACGAGAGCAUCUGGCGGAACUGGAGAGGUCGGAGAGAGAAUCCGAUCCUAGUUUAAAGAAGUUUAACUGCUCUACCUGCAGACAGGAGCUGAGAUUGUCUCCGAUAGAAAUCCUGAAACACAAGAAGAAAUGCAAACCUUAAAAUAUGUGUUUGUGUAAGACUGUGAUAAAUAAUAUGUUUGUUAAAUGUGAUCAAUUAAAUAGAUAUCCAUAGAAAAACUAA